UUCGUUGGGUGUAAAUGUACUUUGCGUUGAAUAUCAGCUACCUAUGUAAACGACGUUUACCAAAUUUGUGAUAAUUUAUUGAUUAGGUAGAUAAUAAUAGAAAAGUAUUACUCCCAAAAUGAGGCACUUUUUUAUGUUCAUGUUUGCGGUGCUGGUAUGCAUUAUAAAAAAUUCUGAUUGCAUGCAUGAAGAGAAUGGCUAUGAGGUUAACUGUGACAAUGGUACUUUUCUUUUUGAUCAAAGAGAAAACAUUUUCCAGGAAACUAACAAAUGCAAGGAAGGUGGUGUGGUAGAAUUGAAAUGUCCUAUAUGUGGAACAAAAUCUAGUAACGCAAAAAUUGAGUGGCUGAUGAAUGAUAAACCACCUAGCAAAUGGCCGAGACCAACUCGUCAAGAAUUCAUAGACAAGGCUUUCCAAAUUGAAGAUCACGGAAUGUGUCAAGGAAAAUGAGGGAAAUUAUACGUGUAUGGUAUAUACGAAUGACACCAAGACCGAAAAACUCGCUCAUACAUUUCAAGUUCAUAUAGAACAAAGACUUCUUCCUACACAAUUCAUCACAGAGAAGCCACAAAAUGAGACUGUGAAACUUGGUGAUUCUUGGAGCUUUAAAUGCCCACUAGCGGAUCCUUCCCUUGAAGUUAAUUAUUAUCGCAAAGUUAAUUUGCUAACUACGAACACAUCAGGUUUGCCAGAAGCAGAAGUGGGAAAUAGUACUGAAGAUGGUUUGCAUUUUGCUCAUGUGUUUUUGAAUGAUAAAGGAUGGUAUUCAUGUCGCGUUCUGGAUCAGAAUUCGCAAGACGCCGCUGCAAGCGCUUAUUUAACCGUCAUUGAUCUUUCUUGGUACGAAGAAAAUAAGACUUUAUUGGCAGUGAUUGGGACGGCUGUGUUCUGUUUUUGCGCUGCUGUUAUUGUUAUACAUGUUUUUCGCGAAUUGAAUACAUAGGGAAUUGAAUGACAAAGAAACGCCGAAGAAUUGGAAAUGACAAACUGCUCAAGAUCAGAAACAGAAUGUUUCCAACCAAGAUCAAAAAUACAAAACUGUUGGCAAAAAUUAAAAUUAUUGUGCUUUACUAUGUGAUUGUAAUAUGAAUGAAUAAAAAAUAUCGUGUGUUGAGCA